AUGGGCUAUACCGACGUAGACAAGCUCGCGAUCAACACGAUCCGUGUCCUCGCGGCCGAUGCGACCUUCAAAUCCAACUCGGGUCACCCGGGUGCCCCAAUGGGCAUGGCGCCGGUCGCCCACGUUCUUUGGAACAAGUUCAUGAGGUUUAACCCCAAGAACCCCCAGUGGCUCAACCGGGAUCGUUUCGUCCUCUCCAACGGGCAUGGCUGCAUGCUCCAGUAUGCUCUCCUCCACCUCUAUGGCUUUGCUGUCUCGAUGGACGACCUGAAGGCCUUCCGUACUGUUGACAGCAUCACCCCCGGCCAUCCCGAGGCCCACGACACUCCCGGCGUGGAGGUCACCACCGGCCCGCUCGGCCAGGGUAUUAGCAAUGCCGUCGGUCUCGCCGUUGCCCAGGCGCACACUGCUGCCGUCUUCAACAAGCCCGGCUUCGACCUGGUUGACAACUACACAUACUGCUUCCUCGGCGAUGGCUGCUUGAUGGAGGGUGUUUCAUCCGAGGCAUGCUCUCUGGCUGGCCACCUCCAGCUUGGCAAUCUCAUUGCCAUCUGGGACGACAACCACAUCACCAUUGACGGUGACACCAACCAGGCCUUCACUGAGGAUGUCCUGAAGCGGUACGAGUCCUAUGGCUGGCACGUCUUGACCGUCGAGGAUGGUGACCACGACCUCGAUGGCAUCGAGGCCGCCAUCAAGAAGGCCCAGGAGGUCAAGGACAAGCCCACACUCAUCCAGCUCAAGACCACCAUCGGCUUCGGCUCGAAGCAGCAGGGCACUCACGGCGUGCACGGGGCCCCGCUCAAGGCCGACGAUAUCAAGCAGCUGAAGGAGAAGUUUGGCUUCAACCCUGAGGAGAGCUUCGUCGUGCCCCAGGAGGUGUACGAUCUCUGCAAUAAGGCGGCCGCCGCCGGCGCUGCCAAGGAGGAGGAGUGGAACCAGCUUUUUGCCAAGUACGGCGAGCAGUACAAGGCUGAGCACGCCGACCUCCAGCGCCGCCUGAAGGGUGAGCUCCCGGAGGGCUGGGAGAAGCACCUCCCCACCUACACCCCUGCCGACGCGGCUGUUGCGUCGAGAAAGCUCUCCGAGACGGUUCUCAACAAGAUCUUCGAAGCCGUCCCCGAGCUGGUUGGCGGUUCCGCCGAUCUGACGGGCUCCAACCUGACCAGGUGGAAGGGUGCCAUCGACUUCCAACCCCCCGCGACUGGCCUUGGCACAUACGCUGGCCGGUACAUCCGUUUCGGUGUGCGUGAGCAUGGUAUGGGUGCCAUUCUCAACGGUAUGGCCGCCUACGGCACCAUCAUCCCAUACGGCGGUACCUUCCUCAACUUCGUCUCGUAUGCCGCCGGCGCUGUCCGUCUCUCGGCUCUCUCGCGGGUGCGCGUCAUCUGGGUUGCCACCCACGACUCGAUUGGUCUCGGUGAAGACGGCCCUACUCACCAGCCGAUCGAGACGCUGGCCCACUUCCGUGCUCUGCCCAACUGCAUGGUCUGGCGCCCCGCCGAUGGCAACGAGACGAGCGCUGCCUACUACGUCUCCCUGGUGUCUAAGCACACCCCCAGCAUUCUCGCUCUCUCCCGCCAGAAUCUACCGCAGCUCGAGGGCUCUGUCAUCGACAAGGCCAUCAAGGGCGGUUACGUCCUCCACGAGCAAGAGGGUGCCGACAUCACGCUCGUUUCGACCGGUUCCGAGGUGUGCAUCUGCAUCGACGCCGUCAAGGAGCUGCGCGAGAAGCACAACAUCAAGGCUCGCGUUGUCUCGAUGCCGUGCUUCGAGGUGUUCGACGCUCAGCCCAAGGAGUACCGCCUCAGAGUCCUACCCGACGGUAUCCCAUCGCUGUCUGUUGAAGUCAUGAGCACCAUGGGCUGGGAGAAGUACACUCACGAGCAGUUUGGUCUCAACCGCUUCGGCGUCUCCGGCGCGUACAAGGACGUCUACAAGAAGUUCGAAUUCACCCCUGAGGGCGUUGCCAAGCGGGCAGUGGCCACGGUCAACUUCUGGAAGGAGGUGCCCAACAUCCGGUCACCCAUCAACCGUGCGUUCGAGCAGCUCAUCUAA